CUGAGGCACACGUACGCACGCGUUACCCAAACGUUACGUGUGGGCGCUAGCGCGUGCGUUCGCGUAACAUACUAAUACUAUUCUAUCGUACACGCACGUCGUCGUCGUCCCGUAAUAUAUUAUUAAUAUAGUGCGUUCGUACCGUGUUGUUGAACCGCCCGUUCGCAGUACCGGAUAAAAUAAUAAGACAUCGCGCGUCGGGUCCCAUCGGACACGCACAGUGUAGUUGUUGUGUACGGGCCGAAGAAAGGAAAAAAAGCACACUGCCUGGCGGACGAUGCCGCCAACGCGAUCCGUUAUCACGCAGCCCGUUAUCAGCGCGUGAAACAACGUUUUAAUUUUAAAAAAAAAAUUUUCCUCAGACUUAGCCGCGCGCGUCUCAAUUUCUCCACCGUCGGCCCCGUUUCCGCGACGUUCGCGCGCGUGUGCCCAAGAGCACAGUAGCACGUACCGUAACACAUCGCCGCCGCCGCCGCUGCUGCGCGCCCGCCGAACGCCGCCGCGCGCACGACGACGACGACGACGACCACCACACGAUGCCGUCGCACAUGAACUGUUGUUUCAACAAAUGCACCAACUCGAGCCGGAGCACGCAGAACCUGUCGUUCCACAAGUUCCCGACCAACGAGAGCCUGUGUAAACAAUGGGUCGAUCUGUGUCAGAACGACAAAGUCAUCCAGAAGUUCAAGAACCACGGUUCCAGCCAGGUGUCCAAGAGUUUCAGGAUAUGUUCCGAACACUUCAAGCGGGAGGACUAUGUGCUGUGGACUUCGAAAAAAAAGGUGUUGCACAAAGGAUCCAUUCCGACAGGACAACAGCUAAUAAGUCCAAAAACGACACACACGAACAUUACCAAUUGGAGUGAUAUGAUCACCGAGGAAGACGAAGCAGUCGCCAACAACGCAACUUGGAGUCCACGCGGAACCCCAAAUUUUGAUCUAUCUGGCUCAGUUGUGUAUUUUCUAGUACCUGAGCAGGGUAAGUAAAUGAGCGAUCCAGGGUGGAGUCCUUGCAAAACUCCAUGUUCUCAACUAAGCAGUUCAGUUAAAUAGAUCAUAUGUUAAAUUGUACCAUUUUACUGAAAAGAAGCGCAAACUUUGUUAGCUUAUUAAACAGUAAAAUUUUUUUUAAUAAUUUGGAAUACUAUUUCAUUUUUUUGCUUUUAAAUUUAAAAAUUACCUUAGUCUUGGGGUGAUAUUUUCUAAAUUUUAGUUGUUAAUGGUUUAUAAUUUUUAAAUUAUAAAAUCAGAUAAAAAAAUUUUUUUAUAAAUGUUCAAUUAUCAACCAGAAAGCAGUUUAAAAAAAAAAAAUAUAUUUUUUACUUAUAAAUGGAUAUGGUAGUGAUUUAAAUCUAAAUGAUUUAUUUUAAAGCCACUUAAAAAUUUAAAAAAUAAUCCGUUAAUGUUUUGUAAAUGCUUUGACCAAGUCCAGCACCACAUAUACGUUACAAUAUUAGUGGCGCUUAGUUAUUAUAAAAGUUAUUUGUAAAUAAUUUUAGGUUUUAAUUCAAUGAUAACAAAUGGCUAUUUUUAAGAGUUGUACGAGUACAUUUUGUAACAAGUUGAGAUUAAUAAAUGGUGUGUACUCUGUUUA